AUGCCAGACUCCUCAUGUACUGACUGCGUCGUAGAGGUACAAGCUGUACCAGUCAAGCCUACAGACACUAAUACCACUACGUCAAGUAAACAUGACCCGAUGGAUGUUUCGGCAUUUACGCCUCCAGUGCCCCUUCCAGUUCCGAGUGUUACUAUCGAAUUCUGCAACAGAUGUCGAUGGUUACAUCGAGCAACCUGGAUCUCCACCGAACUCCUCUUAACCUUCACACCACCAACACUCAAGGGCGUACACAUUAUCCCACUAAACGAGGACGAGACAGCAGGGCGUUUCCGAGUUUGGCUUUCAACAGAGAAGGGACCGGUCUUGAUAUGGGACAGGAAGGUUGAGGGCGGGUUUCCUGAGUUGAAAGUACUAAAACAACGCAUACGGGAUCGAAUUGAUCCUGGCAAGUCGUUGGGUCAUUCAGACAAACACGACUAA